AUGUAUUCUGACGGUCUCUUGACGCUCCAUUAUGGGAAACAUCCAGCGACCUUGGCCGCAGAGGUCGGGGCCUGGUACAGCGGGGACCGUCACGUGGACGUGACACUGGCGUGCGACGAUGGGUCCGUCGUGAAGGCCCAUCGCGUCGUUUUGGCAGCCGCCAGUCCCCUCUUAGCUAGUCUACUUCGGAAUCCUGCCCUGGAUCAUGUGGUUCACUUAUCAGGCGUCCGAAAGGCACAAUUAAAUCAUUUACUGGAGUUUUUAUAUAACGGAGAGGCAUUGAUACCGUCGACAGAGCUUACACCAUUGAGGGAGCUCUUCGAGGUUUUGCAGAUUAAGUCAGAGCUAUUUGAGCCCAAUCAACCUCAAACUAGUAACUCUGAUCCCGAAAGAAUAUCAACUCCGCAGCCUUCAGAAGGCCAGGAGAGUUCCAGUUACGAAUCCCAAUACGAUGGCAGACAGUCCAAUAAUCCCGCGGACUGUUGCUCAGUCCUCAUCAAAACGGAAGGCUGCGAAGAGGAACCGGAAGUGGAUGUGGAAGGUGUGGAAGGCGAAAGUCUUCUCUCGGAUAACAGAGAGAGCAGCAUAGAACCUCCCAGAAGAAGGGAUAGUUCCGAUCCUGUUAAUCUCAGUCUCAAUUCCGGCACUUCCGUCACAAGCGACAGCUCGCACGAUAUAAUACACAGUAGGUCUGAAAAGCCGAUAUUUGAGAGGCGAGAAUCUCUUGAGGAGGCUGAAGAGAGGAAGAGGCAGCUGGCGGCGCGGCUGGCGUUAGGCUUAGAAUCCGGGAAGAGAAAACUCGAGGAGAUACCGAUCCCACCUGCGGAGGCGUACGUCGUGACGCCUCAUCGAAAGCGAAGGCCAGGCUUCCACAAUGCACCCGCACAAAAUCCGGCCUUCGUGCCCUUUAAUCCUGGAUUCGAAACGCCAAGAAGGUUACAGGCGCCGCAUCCUCUGAGCGUUUCGGCACCACCAUAUCUGCAGGAUAGAUCGGUGACACCGCCAUCGCAUCGACCACCGAGUGCCGAUCCGACGUCAGCAGCGGCACUGGAGCCACCUUGGACUACCUGGACUCUGCCGAGAGCUCCACCGCCGCCACCGUCAACGGACGACCCGCCGAAGUCCACUCCUGUUCGAGAAUACCGAUGCAGCUAUUGUGGCAAACAGUUUGGCAUGUCGUGGAACUUAAAGACCCAUCUUAGAGUGCACACGGGCGAGAAGCCUUUUGCGUGUAGACUUUGCGUUGCCAUGUUCAAGCAAAAAGCUCACUUGCUGAAGCACCUUUGCUCGGUGCAUCGAGGUGUGAUAGCCGCUCCCGACAAUACCUUCUCGUGUUGCUUCUGCUCGUCGUCGAACUUCGUCAAUCUGCAGGACCUCAUCAGGCAUCUCUCGGGGCCGCACAAUAAUCUGCUGCUCAGCAGGAAUCUACAUCGCGAAUUUGCGAAUCACGAAUAACGACAAAGUCAAAGACCGUCCAGUGCUGAAGAGUGUUCCUCGAGCGCACAAUGACGAGUCCUUGAAGCGGCUUCUGAUCCGAGCAACGCUCUCCCAGGAUCUCGUUAGGAGGAUGCGAUCGAGGGACGCAAUUUCUGUUUAGACCAUUUUAAAGAAUUAUGUUUAUACACAAAAUGAGAUAUGUAAAAUUAUCAUUCAAUCUCCGCUGCUUUUCACGAUACAUUGAAGGGUAUAUCAUUACAAUUAUCUUCUUCCUUAGUCUUUCAUCUUUUGUCAAAAGUGUAAUGAUCUCUGCAUAUUUCUGUGGCGUGUGCUUUUUAUAGUUUAUGAGAUAUACAGUUUAAUACGCCUUAGUUCUAAACGAUCUAGAAGAGCUCUCAUGGCAAGACAUUUUCGGUAUUUUCUAUUGUCUUUCGAAAGAUGAAUAAAAUCGAUGUUAGAAAAUAAAUAUUAAAAAUAAAAUUUACAAAUGGUCUGAACAUAAUUUUAAAUGCUGCAGUUUGUCUUUAUAUUUUUUUAUUGGUUACUAUAAUUAUUUCAAUUCAGAAUUGUUUAAAGGUUUGCGGGUUAUUAAUAUGUUUUGAUACAUUAUUAGUGCCUUUACCAAUGGUUACUAUAAUUCUAUCCAAGUCACGCAAAAUAACUUUUUUUAAAUAAAAAUAUAAUAUAAACAACACACGUAUAAAAUUUCCAUUUUCUUGCGAAUAAAUAUAUUCUCUCGAUUUAAUUUAUACGAAAUUUCUAAAAAUAUUAAUUCGAUAAAAUGUCGAAUCAAAGUUUUAUACGUUCUCCUUGAAGAUAAACGGCAUACAGCACUGGAAAAGGGUCUUUUUUUUAAGAAUAAUAAAUAAGAAAAGAAAAAAUCGAUUUUAUACAUACAAUGUAUAUUUUCUUGAAGUCGCUCAAUUGCGAUAUUUCAGAAAGAUCUUAUCGUUAUAGCUAAGCAAUAACUUUGAUAAGAUGUUUUUGUUAAUCGACGUGGUUCGAGUAUGUACGUCAGAAAUGAUCGUCGAUGACGAUCCGCGAAAAGUACAAGGACGGAUAAUACGAACGAAGAGAGUCAAUUACAUUGUCACGCGUCAAAUCUCGACGAGCUUGUAGGAUUGAAGCGCAGUCUCUUUGUCGCGUCUUGUUUGUUGUUAUUUUAUUUUAAUCGCUGGCACGUGGCAAAUCCGGCAACAAGUCCCGUUUACCUCAGCGCGUGCGACUAAUCUCAUAAUGUAAAUAAUGUUAAAUAGGAACUAGAGGACGGACUAGAAUUUAUUUAUUUCACUCUAUUGCAAAGGGACCAACCGACUUUCCACCGAUUUCUGUCUUAGGUAGAUCUUAGGUGUCCUGCCCGCCAAUCGCCACGAGUUAAACUGCUACGAGUUAGAACUGUAUAUGAUUUCGAUCACGAACACGAAAGUAUUCGAUCGGAAUCGAGGGAAAAGAAUGAAAUUAUGAAACCUCAUGCAGGACGGAAGGGAACAUUAUCGGCGAAAUCGAUAAUGCAAAUCGCGGAAGACGCAAGUUAUGAUGUUGAAUUGUUGAUACAAUUUAUUGUACAGUAAACAGCGACGUUGUUAA